AUGCCGUUAACUACUGAGCAGCUCACGUCAACCCUCAGCGAGGCCUUGUUUCAUUAUCGUGAGGUCCUCAACCUCAGAGAAAAAGAGAGAGACGAGGUUCUUCCUUUGAAUGGAAAGUUACCCGCGACGGAGGACGACGAUGCUUUGCAGGCAGAGUAUCGUUACCAGUUAGAGGCCAUGGAUCGCUUUCUCGGCUCCGUGGACGAUAUGGUCGCUGCCAUCAAUAGACCCAACGAGUUGUCUUUGGUAAAGUACCAGGCGCAAAAUCAUCCCACGUGGCUCGAGCCAUUUAUUUAUCAGAAGGAUGAGUCCUUCGUAAAUCCAUUCACAGGCCUAAUUGUCGAAGCCCCUUCGUCCAAUGCUGUCUGCUCAAGACCAGGUCCCUCAACUAAAGAAGGGCCCUUGCAAGAGAUACCAGCUAGCUUUUGGGAGAACUACGAUCCGAGCUGCAAUCCUUCUCUAGACGAAGACUCGGCUUGCCUCGCACAAAAAGCAAGCACGGUUCCUUCGCGUUUGAAAGAUGAUCAAAAAUAUCGAUCUAAAUCGUGUGACCUGGAAAUUGGCGCAGAUGGUCGUAUGGAUCCUUAUGAGGCAUCGAUGAGAUCUAGAUCUAUCAACGGAAAUUACUUUCGUCCGCUCCAAGUUCACAUCCCAAGCUCUGGGUUCGGGGAUAUAAGGCGAGAAAACGAUGUUAGUCUCCCAGGUACCUGGGUCAAUAGCUGGUCCAAUUCGACGGACGAAGAGUUCGACGAAUGUUUCCCAAAGGCACCGGUGCCUGGGUCUUCUAGUAUUUCACGCACUACUUCGAAGAUCUUGGGUGUAGGCCCCUGGAAGGCAUGGGCGCCUCGCAUGCACUCCUUCGCUGCCAUUCAGUUGGAAGAAAUGCAGGCAAAGAAAGCUGGUGCCAAGGCUAAAGAUAGACAAAAUGACAUAUCGAAAAAGCCGGCUGAACAAUGGACAACAGCCCCCGAGACGCAAGGAAUUGUAGAUGAGGUUGAGAAGGCUGUCCGCUUCUCAUUCCCAACUACACAAUCAAUUGAAAUCGGAGAAGAUGGGUUUCAAGUGUUCAACGAACCUGCCGCUGAACCCCGGGUCACUCGUAAUGAGCCCACUAUGUCAAAAAAACAUUCAAUAUCUUCCUCAUCCUCAAUAGAGACAUCAAGCUCCGGAGUUUCUUCAACAGCGGAAGCAGAUUGGUGGGCAGAUAAUGAAAGGCGAACCCCGAACUUCGAGCUUUUUGAAAGCUUCUCUGGUGAAGAGGAAACGGAACCUGCCCCACAUCAUAUAAGUGAACCUGAGAAUCCUCACCCAACAAGAAAUGACUCUGCCUCAACUCAGGUGGCGGAUAAUCCCUUAGAAGAGCCUAUUGAAUCGAAUAGUCAAGAAUUCGAAAUUCCCGAACAUUCCUCUCAAUAUGGUUCUCAUGACCAAGCCGCCGCGGAUGAAGCCCUGGCAGAGAGACUGGCAGACUUUCAGGCUGAUUUCCAAAGACCAUCCGAUCUGUUUGAUGAAGAAUAUCGAGAAUCAGACUCCUCUGCUUUCAUGCGUGAGCAGUAUCAACAAGAUAGGGAGUUGGCAGAAAUGCUCUCUGCAGGCUUAGACCCAGAUAUGGAUCGCGAAACUCUGGAGUUGAUAAAAAGACUUUCAGGAGAUUCACCUCAAGACUUCCACUCGUUUCUUGAUCAAGAAGCUGAGAAUGAAGCCCUGAUCGCUGAGCUUUCUGAUUCACAUGUACUACAAGAUUGGGAAUUGGCUAAGCGGCUGGCCGAAGACACGCCACAAGAUAUGAAAGAGCAUCUAAGACAGCUUCAAGAACAGGAGGAGUACGCACGCCUUGCACAGGAGGCCUGGGAUGAAGAUGUCAGGGCAAGAGAAAGAGAAGAACUUGCCGUAUUAGCUGAGAUAGCUAGGUUAGAAGAGCUAGAAAUACUGGAGCAAUUGCGGAGAGAGCGCAUGGCAGACUGUACUGCAUGCUCGGAAGAGGGCGAAAAAGAAGAAAUGGCAAUGUUGUCUUGUAGCCAUGGGUACUGCACGGGUUGCAUAAGAGUUGCUUUUGAAGGCGCAUUGAGGGAGAAGAAACCGUUUAGAUGCUGCGACCAGGUCCCCAUAGAUUCUAUCGCGGCACACUUCACUCAAAACUUCGUCAGAGAUUAUAACGAUCUCAUGCUUGAGCUUACUACUCCGAACGCUCUCUAUUGCUCGGCGAGGAACUGUUCAAAAUUCAUUCCCCCCACCAGCAUACGAGCCGAUACUGGCACAUGCCGCGCUUGUAAUAGUAAUACGUGUAGAUAUUGUCGGUCUCCUGCGCAUAUCGGUAUCUGUCCCGCGGAUGAGGACUCAACUGCAGUUCUUGGCUUGGCGAAAGAGAAGGGAUGGAAACCCUGCCCCGGUUGUCAGAACAUGAUUGAAAGAGUUGAUGGUUGUUUGCAUAUGACAUGCACCAGGUGCCCUAACCGUACAGAAUUUUGCUAUAACUGUGGAAAGCUAUAUAGUAUCUGCCCUGCCACCUGUAGCAGAUGA